AUGAAGUUCAACGUCCUCGUCGCUAUCACGCUUACCAUUUUCCAAGGUGGCUUGACAUCUGCCUUGCCCAACGAUACCAGUCUGGCUGCUCGAGCUGACAAGCGUGGCUCAGAGCAGAUCAGCGGUCUGGGAGCCCGCAAGCAGCAGGUCACCGGUGCUGGAGGCAAUACCAUGGACUUGGCAAUUGCAAUGCUCGAGACGAAGAACAUGGGCACUGAUUACCCGUACGGGGACGGUAAAUCAGGCGAUGCAACCAACUUUGGUAUCUUCAAGCAGAAUUGGUACAUGCUUCGGAACUCCGCGUCCGAGUUCCUGGGACAAAGCGUAUCUGACGUUAGAAAUGGCGCGAUCCUGAACAGCGAUCUCGGUAAGGAUAUCAGGGCCCGCCACGACGGUGAGCAUAAGUAUGGUUUUGAUAUCUGGUUUGCUGGGCAUCGCAAUGGUGAAUCUGGUGUUAAUAGCCCUAAUACGGAAGAUAUCAAACGCUACCGCGAUGCUGUUCAGUGGAUCAAGUCUCAAAUCGAAAGGGACCAGAAGUAUCAGUCGGAUGAUACUCGUUUCUGGGUCGAUGUCACUGCCAUUUAAGCAGUCUGAUGAUGGUGAACUGAUGCCAUAUGAAAGGUAGGAGGAGGUCUUGAUAGGCUCUAUACCUGGAUAGCCAAUCUGAGGGGUAUUUAACAUUUC